AAGCACAUUGGGUCUUAACUCUGUCUAUUACACACACACACACACACACAUAGAAAGAAAGAGAGGACUAGAGAGAGAUAGGUGAGGAUAUGGGAGGAGUGAAAGUAGUCUCAAAAUGGCCACCGUUUAUAGUUAUGGUGACAUCACAAGUAGCGAUGGGUUCGGUGAAUGCACUUGUGAAGAAAGCUCUCGAUGUUGGUGUGAACCAUAUGAUCGUUGGUGCUUAUCGAAUGGCUAUUUCCUCUUUCAUUCUGGCUCCUAUUGCCUAUUUUUUGGAAAGGGCAAGUUUGAUGCAAUUUUUCUAUUUGCUGGGUCUGUCGUAUACGUCAGCAACUGUUGCGUGUGCUUUGAUAAGCUUGAUGCCUGCAAUCACUUUCGCUUUCGCUCUUAUUUUCAGGACUGAAAAGAUAAAAAGUCUAAAGACCCAAGCAGGAAUGAUAAAAGUGAUGGGAACUCUCAUAUGUAUAGGUGGAGCUUUGUUCUUAACAUUUUACAAAGGCCCUCAUAUAUCAAACUCUCACUCUCACCGAGAGGCUCUUCCUCACAACAACAGCAAUCACAACACCAAGAAUUGGCUUCUUGGAUGUCUCUACUUAACCAUAGGAAUCGUGUUGCUGUCUCUAUGGAUCUUGUUUCAAGGGACUUUAAACAUCAAGUACCCUUGCAAAUUCUCAAGCACUUGUCUCAUGUCAAUUUUCGCAGCUUUGCAAUGUGCUCUAUUGAGUCUUUACAAGAGUAGAGAUCUUAAACAUUGGAUCAUCGAUGAUGGAUUUGUAAUCGGUGUCAUCAUAUAUGCUGGAGUGGUAGGACAAGCAAUGUCGACUGUAGCAGCGACAUGGGGAAUAAAGAGAUUAGGAGCUGUUUUCGCAUCAGCAAUUAUGCCAGUUUCUCUAAUUUCGGCUACUCUAUUCGAUUUCCUAAUCUUACACACUCCUUUAUACCUCGGAAGGUACUCUCUACGAUCAUCUCUUUAAAUUCGUUUCUAGAUAGCUUUAUAUAUGUAAAUGUAUGUAGGUUCAUGCUCAUAACACUAAUCACAUGUUUUUUUUUCCUAACUUUUGCUAUACAGUGUGAUUGGAUCAGUAGUAACAAUAAUAGGUCUUUACGUGU